AGUAAAUUUUCCGAAAAAAAGUCCUGUUUUGAACAAAAACUCGACGUUUUUUCGCUUUCCGAAGAGCUGAAAAAGCAUCACUAAACUACAAGUAGAACAACACACACAUUCAACCUAGAGUAGACGCACAACAUCGAGUAUACUACUUCAAGUACAUCAAAAGUAAAGUACCGAGUGUGGAGAAGUUCAAGUUUUGGAAGACGUAAGUACUAAAGUAUUAGAACCAUUCAAGUUGAAGUUCAACAAUUCGCAUCCUAAGUACAACUUAUACUACCCUUACCUACCUGCAGCAGUAGUAAAUCCAUUGCUGUUUAUCUAUUGAGCAUUUGCCUUCCCACGUGACGAGGAUUGAUCAGCACUUGUGUGCUUCUCUCCGACCCGUCGUGGCUGUACGAUUUAAGAAUUGAGGAGACCUUUGUAAGGAAGUUUUGCAAGCACUCGGACAACUCGACACCCUACACACGUAAUAGAGGAAAAAAUCGAGAGGUGAUUUGCCUAGUAACUGCAACUACUUUUGCCCACACUUAUAUCAUUGCGAACCCGAGGGCGCAACAGAAUCAGAACCAGUAGUACCAACAUCUUCAAGAGGAGUUCUUGCAUAGUUUUGUUUUUUCUUGAGAAAAUGAUGUAUCGCCGCACGUUUCGCGUUGCGACUUCUUGUGCCGCGCUGCUUGCGGUGACCACGAACCUGAUCGACGCUCGCAAGGUUCGCUUCACGAAGCUCCGCCCUGUAAGAGGCCGCCGCGGCAGGGAGUCUCAAGGCCCCGGCGGGGACCUAGGUGCUUAUCCGGGGGAGGUUGGUGCGGAUGAUGGCAAUCCUGAUGCGGGUGGCUAUCCUGGGGAUGUUGACGCGGGUGCCUAUGAUCCGUCGACCCAACCGCCACGAUCUCCGGACGGACGAGGCGUUGACAACGUCGACGGGUACAACAGCGGCCCAAAUCCCGACGACCCGAACGGCCCAGGUGAUUUUCAGGACGAUGACGGAGCUGUUGGAGGCGGGCAGCAGCCAGGACCACAACAAAAACGACGCAAGAAGAUGGGCGGCGGCGACGGUCGGGUCCGUCCUGGCGACGGACAAGUGGCUCCAGCUCCGGAUGGAGGAUAUGGUGGUGAAGAUAUGAACGGAGGCUACAGCGACGGUGAUGCUGACAACUACAAUCAAGGAGAUGAUGUUCCUCCGGGACAACAACAGCCAGGCGGGUUCGGGGACCAGCAGAACAAUGAUGGUGACGAUCCUGAUAUGAUGCCGGACAACGGUUACGAUCCGCGUUCCGGGGGUCGAGGCAAGAAGGAAAAGCACACCGGCCAGAAGAUGAAACGCGCUUUACAGCAGAAGGAUGGGCAAGAUGGAGACCAUCAGAAAUCGGCCAAGAAUCCUCGCAGAGGUGGCGGUCUCGGAGCCACUGCGCCGCCAUUCGGCGAUGAAGACGGAAACGAUAAUGCGACCCCGGACGCUGGCGCGGGUCGGGCUUUGACGUCCAGUAAGGGGCCGCUCGGGGGAGACGACUUUGGCAAGACGGGCGACGGCGCGUUGUACGGAGGUCCAGGAGACGACUUCGGACGCCGCGGCAGACGCGGCACGAACGACCACUGGAGAGAUCCGCGGGCCAAUGCUGUCGGGGAGAGCGCCAAGGAGCAGAGAGACGCUUUGGACGCGACCAAGGACCUGAACCAAAGUCAGAAUCUGAAGGAUGUGUACGACAAGAUGAAAACGGACAAAAUGUCCGCGUCGCCCAUCCCGGUAUUCUUUUCGGUGACCAACGCCAACCAACUGCCCCAGCUGGGCGACUGUCGCAACCUGAUCAAGGGGAAUGACGAAGAGCCCUUCCGUCCGGGCUUCACGCAGAAGGCCGUGGACCGGUGGUUCAUGGAGUACAAGUACAACAUCAAGCCACAAAAUACAGUGCCGUCGCGAGGACCGAUCCCCGGUCGGGGAUAUGGUGCCCAGCAGCAGGACGGCAAUCUUGGGGACGACGACCAAUCGAACUUCAGUGACGAUCAAUCGAACUUCAGUGACGACCAAUCGAACUUUGGUGACGACCAGUCGGACCAUGGCGAUGGACCAGGAGGGCAGCAGGACGAUAUGCAAAAUGACGACACCGGCGACGGGGACGAUGGCAAUAUGGGUGGCGGCGAGGGCAACCGGGGCUUUCUCCAGCAGCGCGGCCCCGGUGGCGGUAUGGGAAAUAACAAGAUGGGCGACUUGGGUAACAUGAACAUGUUCCCGGGCAGGCGUCGUCCAGCGAUGCCGAGCCAGUACUUCCCCGGGUUCAUGGAGGACAACUGGCGUAGAAUGUACGACCUGCAGCGGCAAGCCUCAUUGCAAACCCGCAUGUCCCUGGCCGAGCAGAUGAACGUGAGCGUGGUGCAGAGUGUGUCGGAUGCGGCCCAGGCCAUCUCCGGAAACCUGAGCGGGACCGUUGGGAGUAGUAGCGCCGCGAACUUUUCGGCCGGCGGGGCGCUGAGCACAAGCGACGAGGAGAAGAAGAGUAGCCUGAACGUGGUCUUCCAGUGGUAUCAGUCCGUGAAGGCAUCGCAAUUCCGGCCAGAUAACUGGGAGAAAGAGGAUCUGAUCGGGGGACGCACCAAUUGCACGCACUACGUGAGUCAGGUGGUGUUCGGAUCCAUGGCCACGGGUCUCGCCACCAUCACCAUGUCCAGCACCACCAAAUCUCAGAAGGCGAAGCUCGAGAUGGCCGCCGGGAUGUUGGGCGCGGGUUCCGGCCAGCAGCAGCACCACGCCGGACACGGGGACGGGUAUGGCGAGGACGACGAGCAAGAUGAGGAUGAACCCUCCGACGAAGAGGGUAGUAGCCAGGGAGGUGAGCAUGCGGGCGGUAGCAAGAGCGGGAUGAAGGGCGAGGCUGGUAUCACAGCACAGAAUUCGAACACGAACACUAACCAGAACAUGCAGGUGAAGAUGUUCACCCGCGGCGCCUCCAAGCUGUCGCACCCGAUCCUCAUGAGCAAGGCCGAGGAAGUGAACGCCGUGUUCCAGGACCUGCGGGACACGAUCGGCGAACUGGGCGUCAAGGGCGCGGUCCCCAUCGCCUACGUGCUGUCACCGCUGUUCGCGACCAUCGGGCCCAAGGCCGCGGACCAGACCGACCUGAAGAACCGUGUGGAGCUCACCGCCUACACGGACGCGGACGCCAAGUUGUCCGCCGCCCUGAACGCCGCGGGGCUGGACGUGCAGGACUUCGUCACCUACCUGAAGAACGACCUGCACAAGAAAGAGCAAAGCGGCGCCUACGCGGGGCACCCGGAGGCGGGCCAGCUGAUCCAGCACAUGAUGGACGAGGCGGACCUGGUGCUGAACGAGAUCAGCUCCCUGACCUCGGAACUGAAGUACGGCGGCAACGUGCAGGAGACGGAAGACCGGUACCGCAGCAAAAGGGAGCGGAUUGCGCGCUGCAAGGCGGACCCGGCCACCUGGAGUCAGGUCAUCACGAUGCAGAACGCGCACGACCCCACGAACGAGGAGAUCGAGGCCGAGGCGGAGGGGCGGCCGAACCCUCCGGUAAAGCAAAAGGUGGAGCGCACGGGCAAGCUGCUGCAAGACAUAGUGACGGGCGCGAAGACCCAGGUGCUCAGCUGGCCGGCGCUGGCGGACAAGGUCAGCGAGGAGCUCCAGCAGCUGGUGAACGGGUCCUGCGGCGACAAGCUCUACAACACCUGCCCGCCCGCGGCGAUGGGGCUCACGCAGAUAAACCAGAAGGCGGUGUAUGCGCUCGCGAAGUCCGCGACCGACGAGAACCCGCUGCUGAAGGCCCUGGAGGCGGAGACCGAGCAGGCGUCGACCAUUCUGCACACGUACAAGACCCUGACCGUGCCGGACCUGAAGCGGCUGGUGGCCGCGCUGUCCCACCAGGCGCAGCAGGACCUGAAGACCGUGGCAAUCGCCUGCAACAACGCGAAGGACGACGAGAAAAAGGCCGUCGAGGGCGACGACAACCCCCUCCGCAAUUUCCCCGUCAAGGUGCAGGAAUCCAUGGUCAAGCUGCUGGCGGCCAUCGAAGACACCGGGGUCGCGCACGGGGUGGACCCGGCGGACGAGCACCAUGAUGACGGCAAAUCGAAACCUGAAGAUCACGAACCAGAGCACCAGCCUGAAUCAGCGCACGGCAAGGAACCGGAGCCAGAGCAAAAGCCUGAAGAUCAUGAACACCACGAAGAUAAAGCUGCGACGCAGCAAAAGAAAGAGAAGUGA